AUGUUGGCCCAACAAAGUAUUGCUAUCUGGGUAGCUGCAAAACACAUUCGAAAACAAGAAGAGGAAGCUAUAACGGGAGAUGAAUCAAACAAACAUUUCAAAUUGGACACUUUGGAACAUAGUGGUAAAAGUGAUGUAGGAUUAACAUCACUGACGAGUGGGUUCGAGAAUUUAGAAGAAAACUGCGUAGAAGAAGUUUCAAAUGUGACUGAUGGUAACUGGAGUGCUUGGACAAAUGUAACCCCAUGUUCUACCACAUGUGGAGAUGGAUACGUCAUUAGAAAUCGUACUUGUGAUAACCCUCCUCCUGAUAAUGGUGGACAAAAUUGUUCAGGUCAAUCUACAGAUAAAAUACCUUGUGACGAGGGGGGUUGUCCAAGUAUCGAUGGUAACUGGGGACUAUGGGGAAAUUUAAGUGCAUGUUCUAAAACCUGUGGUGAUGGCACAGUGACUAGAAAUCGGUCAUGUGACAGUCCUGCGCCAGAAAACGGAGGUUUAUUAUGUCAUGGUUCAAACACAGAUAGUGUAACCUGCAACGAAGGAGCAUGUCCAGCAGUAAAUGGUAGCUGGGGAGCAUGGUUAAAUUAUAGUGAUUGUUCUGUGAGUUGCGGCGGGGGGAUACAGAUCCGUCAGCGACAUUGUGACAGCCCUUAUCCAAAAUACGGUGGACUCAUUUGUGAAGGCACUUCUGUCGAAUCCCACGUUUGUAAUGACGAUGAUUGUCCAGGUAUGGACAAUAGAGGAAAAGAGUUUAUUCUAGGAUUUAUGCCGAACUUAAAUGGUGCAAAAAUCCAACUAUUCAUAACAACAGCCAAAGAUAAAGAUGUGUAUGUAAACAUAUCAACACCACUGUACAAUCCGCUUUUUUUCCAAACCGUUAUAAGUCGAAAAGGAACAGUUGAAAAUGUUGAUAUAUUAGACACUUCUAUUAUUGGUUCUUCUGGGUUUAUAGAAAACAAAGGAAUUCAUAUUUCCGCAAAUGAUGAUAUAAUAGUGUAUGCAAUCAACAAAGCCACGUAUUCUACUGAUGCUUAUCUUGCUUUACCAACAGACGCACUAGGUCAGGAAUACUACGUUGUGGCAUGGUCUUUGGAGUCAUCGUUUAUGAUUAUUGGAACAUGUGAUACAACAACAAUCAACAUAAAAUUAGGAAAGCAAAGUCCUUCAAUACUUGUUAAUGGAAUAAGAUAUAGCUUUGGAUCAACUUUUGAUUUUCAGCUUAACAAAUACCAGACCAUAACAGCAACAUCAUUGAGUCAUGGUGAUUUUACAGGAACACAUAUAUAUGCAGAUAAGCCGGUAACAGUUCUUGGGGGAAGUCGUUGUGCAAGUGUUGGUGCAGGUGCGUGCGAUCAUUUAGUACAACAGAUGCUACCAAUAGAUAAAUGGGGAAAAGACUUCGUUACAAUAGGCAUGCCUGAUUGCAAUUCUCCUGACACAUACAGAAUAGUUGCUAGCCAACACAAUACUAUUGUUAAUAUAUCCGGUGAAGUCCCUAUAAGGUUAGCUGAAUCUGGAGAUUUUUAUACAUUUAAUUUGGACGAUCAGAUAUCAAAAGUAGUUUCAUCUGACAAAACUAUUGCUGUCGCUUUAUUUGCAAAUGGUGGAUGUAACGGAUACAUGGGAGAUCCCACAAUGGUUCUAAUUCCUCCUAUUCAACAAUUUUCUUCUGACUACACCUUUUCUACGAUAUCAGUCAACGGUAGAGACUUGACCAAUUCCCUAGCAAUUGUUAUCGCAGAGAACUAUAUAACCGGACUACUUCUGGACGGUCAACAACUACCUUCAACUAAUUGGUACACAGUUGAAGGACGAAAUGAUAUAAAAUAUACAGAGUUCAGAAUUUCAAGCGGUGCCCAUUCUAUUCACCAUUUGGAUAAAUCUGUUACAUUUCUAGCCAUAUCAACUGGAGUAGAAAAUUCAAACUCUUAUGGGUAUCCUGCUGGAUUCAACUUCAAAUCUAUGAUAACGAACUGCAGUAAUGACAAUGCAGUUACAUCGACAAAGAAUGGUGGUCAACAUGGUCAAGUUUGUGAUCUUGGAUUAGGUAAUAUUUAUUUAUAA